AUUUAUGGAUUACAAGAGACCACUCCGACAAUAGGUAUCCCAUCAGACACGCCGAGAGUAUAACCAUACCAGAAGCAACGAUGGAAGAACAACAGAAAAUCCGGAACUUCCGUAUCCGAGGAGCAGUGUCAGCACCGUUCACAGCCUUCAAACCAAAUGGAGAAAUCAACUAUGAAAUUAUUCCCGCGUUCUGCUCGUACCUGAAAGACCAUCAUUUCGAAUAUGCAUAUGUAAAUGGUACACUGGGAGAGGGGAUGUCACUGACCAUUGAAGAGAGAAAGAAAUCCUUAGAGGCUUGGGUUGAAGCAGCUGACGGAAAGAUUGGAAUAAUAGCUCAUGUUGGAGCAAAUAACCUCCGGGAUUCACAGGUUCUUGCCCGCCAUGCUGAAGACGUUGGGGUUGAUGCCAUAGCCGCUCUUGCACCAUCAUUUUUCAAACCAACAAAUGAAGAGGCACUGGUGGAAUACAUGGCUGCAGUGGCUGGAAUGGCUCCUAAAACACCUUUCUACUAUUACUGUAUCAACUAUGUCACCGGGAUUUACUUGAAUGCGGCCAAAUUUCUACGCCUUGCCAAGGAUAAGAUUCCAACACUUUGCGGACUUAAGCACUCAUCCAAGGAACUGACCAGUGCCCAUAGCUGUAUGAUGGUGGACAAGGAUCGAUUUCAGGUCAUGUGUGGGACCGAUGUGCAAUACAUAACGGCGUUAAGUUUGGGCAUUGAUGUACCAGUAUCGGUGGCCUUCAUGGGGGAUGUGUUCUACAACCUGAAGACAGCGUAUGAUAAAGGAGAUAUGGCCUCAGCUAUGAAAUUCCAGGAACAAGCCCAACUCAUAGAUACACUGAGGGAUCGCCCCGGUGGAGCCUUUCCAAUAGCAAAAAGGAUGUUCACAAUUAUCUCAGGUCUUGAUAUGGGACCGGUUCGUUUGCCCUUGAAGGACAUUUGCAAAGAACAGGAGGACUCUUUGAGGAAGGACAUAGACGCAUUAGGACUAUGGAAGUAAUCCUUGGGAAUGGAUUUCCGUGGCAUUUCUAUCUGCAGUAAUCAGGUUUAAAUGAAUCAUAGAACGUUAAGAAAGAAGAAAUCUUGCAAUCUGACAUUUAUUUAUUUCUGGCGACUUCUUUCAUUUGCUUUCAACGACGUUGGAUGAACAUGAAACAGCGUACAGUUUUUGUACUAGUGCUCUCCCUUGAAGUGGAGCAUCAAACCACCGAUUGUAGGAUCUUUUGUUCAGUACUAUGCAUAUGUUUGAGAUAUUGCCUCUUGUCAUAUUAGUUAAUUUCUUCUUACGGUUUCAAGAAGGUCAUUUGACAUGAAUACAAGUUAAAUCUUAUAUGAAUUGGAAAUCCUGCCGCAAACAUCUAACCCGUUUUCAAGAAUGCUUGGAUUAUGAAGCCGUGAUGCACUAGAGGUCCUAUAUUCAAAUGACGUCAGUUUCUUAACCAGAUUAUUAAAUGUUUCUGUUCAUCAUUUCAUUGUAUUUGAACAAAGAGAAAACCAUGGGCAGAUUUAUAUAUAUAUAUAAAUCAAUCAGUUAAAUGAUUUGCCUUUUAAUCCUUUCAUAUUUUGAAAUUGAAAUAUACUAAAAUAAUAACGAUAACCAUGUAAGCAAAUAACAUAUAUCAAACGGCUUCUUUAAUUAAUCAGGGCUGCUUAAAGAUAAUUCAUUCGGCUGAAAUGGUCAGGAUGACACAAAAAACGAGUCAAAUGGAAAUGUAUAAACAAAAAUAAAAGAAUAUUUUCGCAUAAUGAAUCAACCAUUUUCAAUGUAGAAUUACCGCCGUCUAGUGGUAGUCAGCACUUAAGUUUUCCUCAGGCUGUUCAUUUAUGCUAAUAUCUUCCUUUUUUGUUUGAGUUACCACAUUUCCUAGAUUUGACUGAAAUUUACAUGGCGGGUGUCGCCCAUGAAGAAGACGACGACACUUGCCCUUCCGGAACACCUGGUUAUAUUCUUUCUCCAUUUUAUUUUUUCCUUUAAUUAUAUUUUGCCGCGUUUGAGUUUGAGUUACGGUUUUGUUUUCACUUCAGUAAAUCAUCGAUGAAUCAACCCUGAGUUCAUAUUUUGCCUUUAAGGGCGGUAACGAUUCCUCGAAUCGUAUCGUAUCGUGAUACAUUCUUGUAUAACGUAUAGAAUUACUCUGUUUGCCAGUAUCCCGAUACACUAACAUUACUGAAAAUAUCAAUCACUUUUUUUUUUUUUUUUUAUUAAAUACCCAAAAAAUGUAAUCAUUAUUUUUUUUAAAUACAUGGUCCACCAUUCAUGCAUAUAAAAAGUACUGCAUUGUUUGGUCCGUUUGGGGUUUAACGUACACGCAACCGCAUAGGUCAUAUGAAGACGGGUGCCUAGGGAGACACCUCCUAAAAGAAAGAGUAGGGAAGACAGAACAGAAAACAUAGGCCCCAAAUGAAGGGCAGCAGAUGAAUUUUGAUUUCUUCAGGAGACGUAAAAGCAAACUCUCCUAUUCUACAUAGGUUUCCGCAUUAGUCGCCUCUUUCGACUUGCAGUAUGAUACAGCAAAUCUAUCCUUUCCCCGAAACUGCAGGGAGUGAUACAUAUUUCUGUCUACUGUACAAUUACUUAAUCACUGUGGUCUAUUACAGAGCGUUUAAACCAUGAACAAUAGUGGCUCAUAUCAAACCAUGUCUAAACCAUUAUAAAAGACAUUCGUAUCUCCAUAACAUAAUAGCUUUAUGCACAUCACGCGAGGUAAUGUAAUCCCAUUUAUGAUUAUUUCGUUCAAGUGUUCAUAUGAUUCAUUGGCGAGCAUGAUCGGUAAACUCAUGGGGUUGUGCUCUUGAUCCAAUCCAAAUGAAAUAUAAUAAUUUAAUUAAAAAUAAAAAAAAUGCCCUUUAUUGAUUUGCUUAGUUAAUGUCCGUUGCAAGAGACCGGCAAUCCUAGUCGCAUAUCGAUUUCCUAAUUCUUAAUACAAAAAAUAAUACACGCAACACGUGUACUCGUUUAUAUAUGUAUGAACAUGCACAUGUAUUCCGACAGAGAUACAUGACUGGUUUCUCAUUGUAUGCAAUUUAAAUUGUAGGUCGUUGUGACAUAUGUCGGUAUAAAUGUAUUAUCUCUUAAAAGACUUGACUUGAGUGGACCCCAAUCUGAUAAGUCUAUCUCGUUAAAUACUGCAUUAGAUCAAUUUAAGGUAGACAUGAUGCAAGGUACAUCAAGAUACUUUUCUCCCACACUUCACAGGUGUCUUCCCUUUUCUAAAGAAAAGAUUAAUAGAAUCUCACUCUCGCCAAGUGUUUGGCAACUUAAGAAUAUUUCCCCCAUGGUUGAGAUUCCCUUUACUUGCCUUCAAGGGGUUUAAUGAUUUUUCUCUUACCCUGUUCACCCAUUUUGUAUCAUAUGCAUACUGUAAUGUUAACGUUACAGACUAAAUUCAGACGUUGAUGGAUUGUUUACGUGACGCCAUUGUAUU